UGUUACCAAUUGUUCCUCCUUGCUGCGACUGCUCCACCGGGAAAACAAGCUUUUCAAAGGGAAAGCCAGUUAUUUUAAUUGGAAUAAAUGGAAGAUACAACCUCUUCCUUCCAUCAGUAAACUGCUCCUGUGGAAAAACCUUGCCAGUGAUCAUAAGUGAUCUGGUUGAAAGUGGUUACUGGCCAGCCACUGUCAAUUUUGAGACCUUGUACAUGGUGGACUUGUUCACCACGUAUGAGGAUCUAAAAAUCACCGCCCCAGGGAUGUCAAGACAAGCUUUUGUCAGCAUGCUCGAGGGUCGAACGAAACUCUUUGGGCGAAGUGGUAAGAUAUGUGGGGACACAAUGCAGAGGGCCUUCCUCGAAUGGGCCUAUGCCAAAUUUGAGGUUGACAAGCUGUCUCAGGUCCAGCACUUUCAGUGCCCUGCAUGCACACCCUCCAUGUUGGCAGUUGCAGUGGAUGGGAACCGCAAAUUAUAUCGUUUCAAAAGCCAACCAGGACCUGAUGGGUUUUUUGAUGGAGUCUUUUUGGCCAGUGAUCCUGAGGUGUCCUCAUUUGUUGAUUACAUCCAUGGAACAACUGGACAUAAUCCAGGGAAAGGGAGAUGUGGUGCGGGUCAGUGGACAGCAGCACGAGAGUCCGCCAACAAGUCUGCAAGCAAACUAGAUGAGGAAGGUGUUGAAGUUGCUGUCUGCCGUCAUGGGGUUCUGCUGAAGGGACUGAAUAUGUUCCGUGGAAAAAUAUUUGCAUACCCGUUAUAUCUCCAGAAACAGCUCGCUUCACAUACUGUCCAGUUUUUUGGCUCUGAUGUGGUCUGCAAAUAUUGGCCAUAUCUGCAGAGAGUUGUGGACCACUGUCCAGAGUUGGAGGACUUGCUGAACAUGCGCCCAUUUCUCUCCAUCAUGCAUGCAAAAGCGCAUUCAUGGAUGUGUGAGUUAAAAUGGGGUGGACACAAUCAAGAAGGAGCUGGAACAACAAUCUGGGAGGAGGUUGAACAGGUUAACAGCUUCCUCUCCAGAGCAGCCAUAUGUUCCAAGUACAUGUCAAAAGCCGUCCGCACAGACAUGCUGACUAUCCAGGCAAGUGUCUGGAACAAGCGAAAGGCAGAAAACCUUGACCGGACACUGGCCAAAAGAUACAUCAAGACUGUACAAAGGAUCACAGAGGCAUCAAAGGACCUGGAGAAACUCACCACUGAGUUAUCUCUACAGCAAGACACAGUUCAGCAGUGGGUGGCUGAUGUUCAGCAGUGGUCCUCAGGAGCAACAAUCCAAAAUGACCUGCAGAAGACCAUCGAGGGAUUAUAUCUGGGCAUCAAACAGCGAAAGUUUCAGCUGUAUCGUCAGUCCGGUGGGAAUAAGCGAAGGCAUCAACUGAGAAGAAAGAUUGUUGUUGAGAAGAAAGCCUUGGAAGUUGCCAUCAAUGACCACAAUGCUACUGUGGGGGAAGAUGAAAAACUGCCUCCUCCCAAUGAACUCCUGGCUGUGGACAACUACUCCUGGCCAUGGGAAUGUCAUGGUGAUAUGGAACAGAAUUUCUUUUUUUUUGACAAGGCAAUGCUGCUGGCUAGACUGAAAGAAGAAGAAGUUAUUGUGGUUCGUGAAGUCAAGCAGCACAUGGAGUACAUGAGGAAUGUUGCUGGACUGAUUGAAGAGUUCACUGAAGACAUCAAUGGGAAAUGCAGUACAGCCGGAUUAAUGGAGAAAGGACGUAAGGGACUACUCUGUGUGCUGAAGAGAAGAUUGUGUGAAGUUGAAGCACAACUGGCCACAGCACGCACAACAUACAAAAGUAUUCUUGGACUGCAAACAUUAUCCUUAGAUGACUUCUCUGAAGAGGAAGACUUAGAGAAUUCUUCCUCAAGUGAUGAGGAACUGGGAGAGUAGUUAUUAGAGGGAGAUGUGUAUGGCUCUAAGAAUAUGUGUUGAACCCAAACAGUGGUGUACAACUUGUAUGUGAAUCCUGAGGCUAUUACUGCUGUUGGAAGAUUUCUUUGUGUUUAGAGCAUGUACUGCAAAUUCCUCUGAAAUGUAAACCCCCUUAUGUUAGUUAUUCCCCACCCUCUGCCCCAAAAGCAACAGAGUGCUAUUAUUAUGUUCCACAUGUUAGUAUAGGAAUUC